AAAUCACGGGGAGUGACUGUGACAGGAGGAAGGGGACACAGAAAGAGAGAGAGAAAGAGAGAGAGAGCUGAAGAAGCCUUCAGCAGGACUUCAUCACGUUUCUUUCAGGACUGCGCGGACCGGAACGGACCACAAUCCAAACACUGAACUGGACUCAUAAUCGAUCGCGCUUUGACUUGGAGACUUUUUUUUUCUUGGAGAAGCAUGCGGUUCAGUUUGUUGUUCAGGCUCUAUGUGCUGUGGGGCUUUGUGAUGGUCACGACCUCUGUGACCAAGGCUGCCAAGAAGAAGGUGGCGGGCCGAAAGUCCAGGCAGGCGUUUGAGGCGGAUCCUGUGGAGGGUGUGUGGUCUGUCUGGGGGGAGUGGUCAGAAUGCUCUCAGACCUGCGGUGUGGGCGUGUCACAGAGGAGCAGGAAGUGUUUACCUCCCCCUCCUCCUCAAGCCCCUCCCAUUUCCCUCUCUCCACCUAACUGGGCCGGUUAUGUGCCUGGGGGCAUCAGGGGUCCCGUCAUCUCAUCUGUCAGACCCUACUAUCCUCCUCGCUAUCCAGGGCAACACCCUUCUUACCACUCUCCACAGAUCCCCACCAAUCACAACCCAGGUUUGCCGCUGUACCGGGAUACUAACAGCGCUGGAGUAGGAGGAGGAGGGGGAGGAGGUGGUCCUAUACCUGGACAGGCCAAUCCAUCUCCUUCUUUUUAUCAGCCGGAGUUCUCCCAAACCAAUCCAGACCCCGUGUCUGUCUAUCGAUCGCCUUAUCACACACCAUCUCAUGGUUUUAACCAGCAGGCACGGACCAUUAGGAGACCUCCCAAUCAAGGAGCAGUGAGGCCCGGAGGAGGUGGCAGUAGAAGGUCGAUUUCAACCAAUCGGGAGGGUUUGCCUGUGAGGAGGUCUUCUAAUAUCCGUCCAGGCCAGUUUGGGUACGGCAGAGUCCCGUUCUCUCUGCCUCUUCAUCGCCCUAAUCGUCAGGCCCGCCACACUGCUAAUGGCACUGAAGCUGCAACAUCAGGGCCUGAACUUGCACAUGAAGACGCCACAGAGACCGCCAAAAGAGAGGAAGAGGAGAAUAAAAAUGUCCGAGAGGAAAGAGAGGCAGAGAGGAGCCAAGAGGAAAUCACUCCUGAGGAGUCUCCCACAACCACCACCACAACCACUAACCCACACCGCCAUUAUCCCAGACCGUCCCAUCCCAACACAGAUCACAGUAGAGCAAGGGAGCGAGCGCAACCCUCUCACUCCUUCUCCAGACCCUCGGUCAGCCGCCACCGCUUCGACUGGCACUCCGUCACUGCCCCGCCUCCUCCUGUCCCCCCUCUCUCCCGUCCGAACUCCCCUGAUGCUUCACCUUUCUCCACCUCUCUACACCGUUCCUCUGGCGUGCACAGAGACAGGGACCUCCACACGGGCUUCAGCCCCCAGGCACCACCCACAGGGAACAUCUACCCACUGCAGCACCCACACAUGCCACACAUGGGGGUCGAAUCAGGCAGGGAUGGAGGAAGAGGGGUUCCACUGGUGUACAGAUGCUCUGGACCGGAGAAGGAGUAUCGCAGGUGCUUCUCAACGGUGUGUGGAGGAGGCGCGUUGGACUCCAGAGCAGAGCAGUGUGCAGCAUUUAACACCCAGGAGUUCAUGGGUCGCCUCUACAACUGGGAGCCUUUCACUGAGGUUGGUGCAGACAAGCAGUGCGAGCUGACCUGCAGACCUGCCGGCUACCGCUUCUAUGUCCGCCAGGCCGAGCGAGUCAGAGAUGGGACAUCUUGCUUCAACGUCACCACCAAUGAUGUGUGUGUAGAAGGGAGGUGUCUGACGGAGGGCUGCGAUGGGGUUCUGGGCUCUGGCUCUGUGAUUGACAAGUGUGGAGUGUGUGGCGGCCGGGAAACCUCCUGCCGAAAGGUGUCAGGGAGUUUCCAAAAUGUCACAGUUCCCCUGGGUUACCACAAGAUCCUGGACAUCCCAUCUGGAGCUACUUUCAUUGACAUAUCAGAGAGAAGAGCAAGCCCAAAUUACCUGGCCAUGAGAAGCGGCACUGGGGCAUCUGUGGUGAACGGACGCUGGGCUGUGGAUCCUCCAGGCGAGUACCAGGCGGGAGGGACGACCUUCACCUACGCCCGACCUAGAGCGCAGACAGAAGGGGAGGAGGAGAAAGGGGAGUCCCUCAGGGCUCGAGGACCGACUACCACCCAGCUACAGCUAUAUAUCAUCUUCCACAAGGAGAACCCGGGCAUUGACUAUGAGUUUUACAUCCCUGUGGAGAAGAAGGAGGGAGAGAGGGAGAGGCUGGCAGAGAGAGAGAGGGAGACACCCAGAGAGGCACCAACCAGAGAAAGGCAGAGGGAGCGAGAGCCAGGGAGGGCACCCCUUCGCAGUCCCCUCACUGUAUCAGUAGAAGACCCCCCUCCUGUGCCUCCUCCUGUUUCGCUCCCUUCUUUCCCCUCUCACUCCACAAACCGUUGGGCACCCGAGAGGUCACGUCCUCGAGGCUCUGCACCCAACAGGAAUGCUCGGAUCCCCCCUCGUACCGACCUGCCCCCUGACACUCAGCCGCCAUUUGUAUGGAGGAGAGGUGGGCUCACAGAGUGUUCAGCUUCCUGCGGCAAAGGCUACCAGCACAGAGUCCUUCUGUGUAUAGAUCGCCACACAGACGAAGAAGUCCCUGAGAGGAAAUGUGACUCUGCAGCCAAACCUGUCCCUGAGGAGGAGCCGUGUAACAUACAUCCCUGCCCACCAUUCUGGGAGGCUAGUGCGUGGUCCGAGUGCAGUGUGUCCUGUGGCCCCGGGGUGCAGCAGCGGCAGCUCCAGUGCAGGCAAAGCUUUGGGAACCGCUCCACCAUGGUCCACCCGCAGCGCUGUGCCAACCUCACCCCACCAGAGUCCACACAAGCCUGUCAGCUCACCCUGUGCUCCCACUGGGAGGUCAGCUCAGACUGGAGCACGUGCUCAGUGGACUGUGGAGUUGGGAGGAGGACAAGGACUGUGCGCUGCGUCAGCGAUCAAGGCGCUGAGGUGAAUGAAAAAGAGUGCAACUCCAGAGCUCGCCCACAGGGGAGUGAGGAGUGCAACAUGGGGCCGUGUGUGACCAACUGGUACUUCACUGGCUGGUCCAACACUUGUUCAGCACAGUGUGGCCCAGGGGUGCAGAAGAGAGAGGUGGUGUGUCUGACCAGAGGAGGUGUGAGGGAGGGUGAGGGAGGAGGGGACUGUGUUGGGGAGAAACCAGCAGAGAUGAAGGCCUGCAACAGCGGUCCCUGUGUGCCAACAACCAUGUGGUACAGCAGCCAGUGGACACAGUGUAAUGUCCGCUGCGGGAAUGGAACUCAGCGGCGGGACAUCAUUUGUGUCCAGAAGAAUGGCAAUGAUAUGACUGUCGUAGCACCCACUGAGUGUGCUCACCUGGACAAACCUGCUGCGGUUCAACAGUGCCAGAUGGGAGAGUGUCAGCCACAUUGGUUCACAACAGAAUGGAGUGCAUGCUCACGAUCUUGUGGUAAAGGUGUACAAAUGAGGGAAGUGCGGUGUCUUACAGCAGACAAAAAGCACAGUCCUGAAUGUGAUUCAAGCAGCAAACCAGACCAGGAACAAGUCUGCAACACAAUACCAUGCAGUCCACAAGUGGCAGAUGAAAACUGCAGAGAUAGAAGGCAUAACUGUGUGACAGUGGUUCAGGCCAGGCUGUGUGUCUACUCCUACUACAAGUCGGCCUGCUGUGCUUCCUGUACCCAGAGUGCUCAGCGUGCCAAGAGGCACUGACCCACCAUUCAAAGACAUCCCAGGUGUACGAGAGGCAAGGAUUAUUUGAAAAGGGCUCAUCAGAUCUGAAAGAAACAGAUGGCCCAGAGUAGACUAAAUCUGUGCCACGGUUAACAUUUUGCUAUUUUCUCCCGAUUCUUCAGGGAAAACACUGUGAAAGCAGCCGCUUUCUUUUUUCUCAGUUCUCAUUAAGCUGUUUAUAUUGUCUUUUUGAACCACAUCUUCCUCUGAGCUAGCUUUUUUUUUUUUUUUACUCUAUGCAGUAGCUUUACAUGUGUCACACAGGGCUGAGUGAUGCAUUCACUGUCAUUUCCUCUCAUUUCUUUGUCUAAGAGAUUGUAAUGUAAGCUGCUCCCUAAACACACAGCUGUGUUUCAGCAGCAAAAUUAGCAUUUUUAUAUCCACAAGGACUUAAACAGAUGUAAUUAGACACACACAUCACUAACUAUGAAAAACAUAUUGAAUCAAUUAUUAGCAUGUGAGCUAGACAAGAUGAAGAUAAUAACUUGUGUGCUAAAGAUCUACUGGAAUAGAUCUAAUGUGAUAUCUGUUCCCUGCAAAUGUACACAACUAAGAUAGAAUUAUUUCAUCAACAAAUCAUUUUUAUUUUUCUGUUUUGCCAAAAAAAUGUCAUGAAGUAUCAUCUUAUUGUUCACUUCAGUACUGGGACAGAUAAACCAAAGGUUUGAGGCUUACAUGGCAGUAAGUGACCAAAUAUAUCCAAGCAGGUGAGAUUCCCACACAGAGAAUACAUUAAAACAGCAACAUAGACUACUCGCCUUCAGUAUAUUUAUGUAUGUCAGCCUUUGAAAUAGAGCUGCUGAAGCAAAAAUGCAAACUAAAAGCUGCAGCUAUUUCACAUCCAGACAAAAAUAUGCCAUGAAUUGUAAAUUAAAAAAAACUCAAUACAUUAUCACACAGAUUACAAUCUGUACUUUUCUUUUUGUCAUCAAAUCACAUAAAAUACACUUUUAAAUUCCCCCCUGCUUUUCUUGCACUCAGCUCCAGGCCCUAUAUGUUCAUUAUGUUAUAAAUCUUUUCAAGGGAACCUUACACAUUCGACUUUAUACAAUAACAUUUGUGUUCUUUAUAUGUAUGAUUUACAAAGAAACACCAGAUUUGCACUUUUUAAGAAAAUGUGAAAAAAGGUUCACUUUGAGGCUGCUGUUGUGCAGUGUCCUUUGAGUAGUGAUGUCAAAUGGUUGCAUUUGACAUCACUACCCAGAGUGCAUUGUACAACAAUGGCAGCCAAAAUAUUAAAAUAUUUUAAAAUCUCUUUCAAAAUGUAGGAGCCCAUUGUAUUUUUCUGUAUGACAUAUAUAAAAACACAAAUGUUAAUCCGUGUCUUAAAUGUAGGGUGCUUAAGAGCUCACUGCGGAAGCCCUCAGCUCAAAUGCAUCCAUUGACUUUACUUCAUUUUAGCUUGAUAGAGUCAUUAUCAGUUGUUUUUUCAAGAUCUGGACUUAUUGAAACAUACAAGACACAUAAAACACGUAAGAAUACAUAAGAACAUGUAAGAGCACAAUUUGACACAUUUGAGCACAAAGUACAUAAAACAAGAGGCAAAUAAAACCCAACAAGGAAAACUAAAGGCAAUUCUGUUUUAAGAAAGUGCUUUACAUGUGAAAAAGGCUAUAUUUUUACUAAAGAAUAAAUACAUUAAUCUUAUUUUUUGUUCUUUGAUAAGAAUGGUUACUAUUCAGAUUAAAUGUAAAAUAUGGUUUUCACAGAUUAACUUUACAAUGGACCAUGAUUUGACAGUCAACCCUUAAUCUGUAGCCAAUGAAAGAAGCUUACUUUGGUUGGCAUGAUUGAUCAGACUUAAAGUAUUUGAAAGACAUAAGGGAAGAUUUCAGUGGAUGAAACAUGUAAAUUAGAUAUUUUAACUUGAAAUAUACUCAAAAAUUAAUUUCCACUACUUAAAAACUUUUACGUAAUUAGUGACAACAUAUUUUUAAAGUAUUUUCAACUUGUUUGAGUUUACAGUGUAUUUCCUCUUAGGGCUUCCGUAGUGUACAAAUAUGUAUUAAAGAUUUUUACAUGUCAAGUGCUUUCUAAACAGCAGGGACUUUUACUUUUGAGUAAAUUCUCCUUAAAUAAGAGGAAAAUAGUGUUUCUGUUAGGGACUAUUUUCAGCUGCACAUUAAAAGAGGUUAGUGAACUUUAAUGACAUUAGCACUGCAUAUGUGGGACAGAACCCAAGUAAAUUACAGUUCCUAUUUUCAUACCAAUGUAAGAUCAUUACAGCUACUGUGGGGCCCUUCAACACUUUUAGGGGUAAAAAGGCGCUCUCUUGUUGUUUUAGACAUAUCAUUUGCUUUCUUCACAAAGAGAAAAAUACACACAUCCUCCAUAGCCAUGAACUUGGAAACAAAUGCUUUUGGAAGAGUGAUUCACUCCUGGCUGACCCAGUUUUGUAUUUGAGUGAUCACGCCACAUUUACAAAUGGGUUUACGUAUCUUCAGAAUAACUCCAUGUCCUCCCUGUUUUCUCACCUCAUCACAAUAUAUAUUUAAUGUGAUUCCAUCAUCGUCUUUUUGGGAGGGGAUGAUGAAUCUGUCCUAUGAGAGUAGGAGAAGCCUGAAUUUGGAAAAGCUUGUGCAACAAAAAACUGCUUUUCUUUACAGAGCUGUUUUGAUAAUGCAGCUCAUUAAACAGCUCAAAUGCAGUCAUCAAAGUUUAUUUUUCACAUUCUUAGACAGCGACCUCUGUAUGUGUGUAAGUACUCUUUAUGCCUUCUCUCUUUUAACUGUUUGUACUUUUCUGUUUUCUCUUUACACAUCUCUUCAAAAGAAAAA